AGUUCCACCGCCCGGCCCGCCGCCACGCCGCGGCAGAGCUGCCAACCGCAGACAACAUGGGCUGGCUGGGACCCGCUCAACUGGUGCUGGUGAUAGGGCUGGUGCUGGUGCCGGCACUCUGUGACGGCGCCAACACAAACCAGCCACAUAUCGUCUUCAUUCUGGCAGAUGACCUCGGUUACAAUGACGUGUCGUGGCACAACUCCGACAUCCUGUCCCCGACGCUCGAGGCUCUGGCGAGAGAGGGCGUCAUUCUGGAGCAGAACUACGCCCAGCCGCUCUGCACUCCCUCUAGAAGCGCGCUGCUCUCCGGCCGAUAUCCCUUUCACGUUGGUAGACAGCAUGACGUCCUGAGCCCGCACAUGCCGACGGGUCUGACCAUCAACGUCACCCUGCUGCCGGAGCGGCUGAGGUCAGCCGGCUACAGCACACACAUGGUCGGCAAGUGGCACCAGGGCAACUGCGCGCCCGAGUACCUGCCACAUCACCGCGGCUUCGACACCUUCCUGGGUUUCUGGUGCGGCCAGCUGGAGCAUUACAACCACACCGUGCAGGACGCACUGGACUUUUGGGACGGCGAUCGGCCGCUGCCGGAGCUGGAUGGCGUCUACGCGACUUCUGUGUUCACCGACAGGGCUGAGAGCAUCAUCAAAGAGCACAACGCCAGUCGGCCGCUCUUCAUGUAUCUGUCCGCCCAGAACCCCCACGCGCCUCUGGAGGUUCCAUCGGAAUACGAGGAGCUAUACCCGGCCACUAUGAACGCCGACCGUCGCACCUACAGUGCCAUGGUGACUGCCCUGGACGACUCGGUCGGACGAGUGGUGCAGGCCCUCAAGGAUGCCGACCUCUACAGCAACUCGGUGAUUCUGUUCGUGAGUGAUAACGGAGGAAGUGUCUUUAGCAACCAUGGCUCUCGUGACGGCUUCGCAGGCAACAACUAUCCCCUGCGAGGGGACAAGAACACCCUCUGGGAAGGCGGCACCCGCACGCCGGCCUUCAUCCACUCCCCGCUGCUGGAGCGGGCCGGCUACGUCAGCCACGAGCUGAUCCACAUCACCGACUGGAUGCCGACGCUGCUGCGGCUGGCCGGAGCCAGCGCCGACGGAGACCCUCUGGACGGCUUCGACCAGUGGCCCAUGCUGAGCGCCGGCCAGCCCAGCGCGCGUACAGAGAUGGUCUACAACAUCGACGAGAAGCUGCCGAAUGCAGCACUGCGCAUCGGCGACAUGAAGCUGCUCUGGGGAGACAACUCCGGCUCCAGCGACUGGUACCCGGUGCUGGAGGCCCUGCCGAACUCCUCCGAUCGCGCUCCGGCCAGCGCGCGGCGAUCGGUCCGCUCGAGUCUCGGCAGUCUCGGCGACUACCCGGUCUACCUGUUCAACGUGACGGCCGACCCGACCGAGCGCCAGGACCUGUCGUCGCUGAUGCCGGAGACGGUGCAGGCGAUGCUGGAGCGUCUGCUGGAGCUGUCGAAGGAGCUGGUGCCGGCCGACCUGCCUGACCCCGACCCGCGUGGCGCCCCGGUGGACGGGGUCUGGACCACCGGCUGGUGUGAGCCCUACUGAUUCCACGACAGGUUUCUUCAGGGAAUCGGUAGGGUGGCUGAUAAUGCUAAUGGUGUGAUAAUGCGGAAGUGUCUUUUGCCAUCAAGUGGUUAAAAAUCAAGAAACAUCAAGAACUUAGCGUACGAGUAUACCUGAUGUCUUACGACCUAGCCCUACCUCGUAUCAGCCCUACCUAGCCCUACCUCGUACCUCGUAUCGGUCAUAUUCUUGUAACUAAAAGAUAACAUCAAUAACUUAAGUCACAAUCAUCAUGUACUCGUAUUUGUAGUGACGGUGUUGUGACACGUAUAUUAAGAUACGCAUAAAAUGAUGAUGUGAGCAUUAUCACCGAUUAAAUGAAAUCCAUAGAAUCGUAUCGCCUACGUAGUUCCUUAAUACAGUCGCCUCCUAGCGGUGGCUUUUCAUUUUAUCUCUAAUCAAAGGCGAUGAGAAAAGCUCAGUCAUCAU